AUGCGUUCAAGUCCAAUGUUCAUUCUUCAGCGUUCAAGCUUCGUCACUUCGGAUGGCAGCCUAUUUGGCAAGGUCCAGGGACAGCGACAAGCUCGCAAGUGGCGUGGCGGCGCUGUACGGCAGCUGCAGGCGUCAAUGGAAGCGGGGAACGUGGCUCGGCGGCGCUGGGCGUUCCAGCAGGCGAAACGGCAGGCAGAGGAAACUAUUCGUAAAGUGCAAGAAGCUCGCAGGAAGCAAGAAGAGUUGAUGCAAGCCCUCGAUAUGCCGGUUAGAGCGCCCCCGCCGCCUCCAACGUCCGUGGUUCGGGAUACCUCCCACUUGGAGGCUGUGCGGCGAGAAAUCGAGGCCAAUCGACAAGCCGCCCAACGCGCCGCCGAGCUGGCAAGAGAAGAAAGCAAGGCGACAGGGCGUGCGGCUGGAGCAGCGACAAGCACUGCAACCUCUUCAGGGGUGACGGCGGGAAGCGGCCGGGACUCGACGGCGGGGCGGAGUGCUGCUGCGGCCGCUGGCUCGGUUUCAGCACCUAGCACCGCCGCUUCUAAGGAUGCGAAGGGCGCGGCGGGCUCUGGAGAUGCGGGUACCGCUGCCCCAAAAGCAGCAGGCAGCGCUAGUACCCCUACAUCGCCAUCUGCAUCAGCCGGCGCCACAGCGACGAAUCGAGCGAGCGGCAGCAUGCCUGCUACAGGGUCAGCAGCAUCGACCAAGUCGAGUCCAGCACCGCCAGCGAGUGAGACAAGCGGUGGUCGCACUAGCCAACCGCCGAAAACAAGCGCAUCAGCGAGCGAGCCGGGAUCUGGCGGUGCUGAUGGCCCUACGAAGACCGACCGUCAGGGCAAGCAACCAAGCAUGCUUGCGUCGACAACAACGACGACGACGACGACAAGUCCCUCAUCGUCUCCGAACGAGCUGGGAAGGCACCGCUUGAGUGAGCGCGAGCUGCGACCGAGCUUUACAACACCAGGCGAAUCGGAUCGAGAACUUGAAAGCUUGCGACGCGCACGUGAUGAAGCAUUGCCACAAACGAAACGGGGCGUCUCUUUCGGUGAUGAUUCUACACGAGACGACUCGGGGUCGGCACAGCCGUUCGUCCCCGAAUGGACAUCGCCGGGGAACGCAUCUGCACCAUCGUCUGGUCCGAACAGGGCGCCGUUGGGGUCCCGCGUUCAGCCGUCCGACGGGGCUGUAACCUACUCCGCGCCACGUGACGCUACGUACAUCGCCUCAGAGACGGAAUCAAUAACUGCCCCUAGAAGUACCACAGCGUCUGUGACUCCGUCAUCCGCUGGUUCGGAAAGAAACGCCCAGGAUCGGGACACAGGCCUACGGAACGGAACGCGUUCCGAAAUGGACAUGCCUUCCAACGACAGGGAUGCCAGCAGAAGCGCUGCACCCAAGGGUUUUGGGAUGUAUAUUCGCCGGGCCGGCCGCGAAAACAAACAAACCCAACAUGGUGAUUCGCCGGCAGAUGGGUUACCGAUGCCUCAAGGCUCCCUCGGAGACGAGUCUUCAACCCGCGAUGCCUCCCGGAACCCAGGUGGCGAGUCACCGGUGCCAAAUGCUCGAAUUCAUGGAAGCCGCGCACCAGUGACGACAACGAAUGGUGUCGCAGGGAGCCCGGCUACCUCGUCCCGAAACACCCCGAAUGUGGCGGCAGACCUGGAACACAAAGUGAUCGAUCAUCUGCGUUCGGGGACGCUGACCACCUUGACGGUACCACAAUUGCGCUCGUUUCUGCAGCAGCAGAAAUUGCCAACCACGGGUAAGAAGAAAGACCUUGUCGAGCAGGUGGAGCGCUGGUGGCAAGCAGCGCAUCACCAAAUUCGCUGA